AUGUCGCGUGUACCUUUAGUUUCGGCUACAAUGCUACCGUCCGCUCGAGAAAGAGACGAUCUAGACGCGACAUGGUCAUACCUGGAGAAGAACGUUGAUAACGUCAUGUGGAAGUUGGAGGAGGGACUUGACAUGAAGACGUAUAUGGGUGUCUAUACGGCGGUUCACAACUUCUGCACUUCUCAGAAAGCAGUCAACAGUAAUCAUCAGAAUACAGGAGCUCUGACACACAAUCACCGUGGAGCACACCUUCUGGGCGAAGAGCUUUACCAACUUCUUGGCGAAUAUCUUACGAAGCAUCUCCAGACUGUAGCAGAGAGCGCUGGUAGUCACAGCGAUGAAGCUUUACUUGCUUUUUACAUUCGAGAAUGGAAGCGGUUCACCGAUGCGGCCAAAUUCAACAAUCAUCUAUUCCGGUACCUAAAUCGACAUUGGGUAAAGCGGGAGAUGGACGAAGGCAAAAAAAACAUCUACGAUGUCUACACCCUGCACCUUGUCAAAUGGAAAAUGGACCUAUUCAUAGCAGUCCAAGGAAAGGUGAUGGAGGCAGUUCUGAAGCUUGUCGAGAAGCAGCGAAAUGGCGAAACGAUCGACCAGAUGCAGAUCAAGGCAAUCGUGGAUUCUUUCGUAUCCCUAGGUUUGGACGAAAACGACAGCACAAAAUCAACGCUCGAAGUUUACCGCUUCUUCUUUGAAAAGCCCUUCAUCUCAGCUACACGUCUUUACUACCAGAACGAGUCAAAGAGAUUUGUUGCCGAGAACAGCGUCGUUGAGUACAUGAAGAAGGCAGAAACUCGUCUAGAAGAGGAGAAACAGCGGGUCACCCUAUACCUGCACUCGGAUAUCAUGAAAAGAUUGAUGGAGACAUGCAAUGAAGUUCUCAUCACGGGCCACUCACUACUCUUACGAGACGAAUUUCAGGUGCUGCUGGAUAACGAGCGCACAGAUGAUUUGGCUAGAAUGUAUCGCCUGCUAUCUCGGAUCAAAGAUGGUCUUGACCCUUUGCGGACUCGCUUUGAGACACAUGUGCGAAAAGCCGGUCUCAGCGCGGUGGAGAAGGUUGCAGCUGCAGGAGAGAACUUUGAGCCCAAGGUAUACGUUGAUGCGCUGCUUGAGAUCCACGGAAAAUAUCAGCAACUUGUCAAUGUUGCUUUUGCAGGAGAAUCGGAGUUCGUCCGUUCAUUGGACAAUGCGUGCAAAGAAUUCGUCAACCGCAACCAAAUUUGCAAGUCAAGCUCGAACCGUUCUCCGGAAUUGCUUGCGAAAUACACCGACCAGCUCCUCCGGAAAGGAGCUAAAGCUGCAGAGGAGUCUGAGCUCGAGGAGAUGCUGAUUCAGAUCAUGGUGGUAUUCAAGUACAUCGAAGACAAAGAUGUGUUCCAGAAGUUUUAUGGGCGGACAUUGGCCAAGCGCUUGGUUCAUACCAGUUCAGUGUCUGAUGAUGCUGAGACCAGCAUGAUCAGCAAGCUCAAAGAGGCAUGUGGCUUCGAAUACACCAACAAGCUGCAGCGCAUGUUCCAGGAUAUUCAGCUCUCCAAAGAUCUGAAUUCACAAUACAAGGAGUGGCAUGAUAAGCUUCUUGGAGACGGGGAUGACCGCAAAUCUCUUGAUCCGUCCUUCCAAGUUCUUGGCACAGGUUUCUGGCCGCUUAGUGCGCCCGGGACCCCUUUUGUACCCCCGAACGAGAUCACCAAAGCUAUGGAGUCGUUCACUAAUUUCUACGACCAUAAACAUAGUGGCCGCAAGCUCACCUGGCUUUGGCAGCUUUGCAAGGGCGAAAUGAAGGCCAACUACAUCAAGACCGGAAAGAUUCCGUACACCUUUCAGGUGUCGACCUACCAGAUGGCAAUACUGUUGUUGUUCAAUGAUAACGAGAAGCUUGAUUUCGCCGACAUUCAACAGUCCACCUCUCUGAAUGACGAUAUCCUGGAGCCGAACAUGGCCAUCCUUUGCAAAGCCCGUGUGCUACUGCAGACACCAGAGGACGGCAAACCGCAAGCAGGCAUGAAGUAUGCGCUGAACUACAACUUCAAGAAUAAGAAGAUCAAAGUCAACUUGAACAUCCAAGUGAAGUCCGAGCAGAAACAUGAGGCAGAGGACACACACAAGACGAUUGAGGAGGAUCGAAAGUUGCUACUUCAGUCUGCAAUUGUUCGUAUCAUGAAGUCGAGGAAGAAGCUAAAGCAUGUCGAGCUCGUCCAAGAAGUCAUUCAACAGGUCAAAGCCCGAUUUCCCCCCAAGAUCCCCGAUAUCAAGAAGAAUAUCGAUGCUUUGAUGGAGAAGGAUUACAUAGAGCGGCUGGAAGGUGAUGAAUUGUCCUACAUAGCAUGA